CGGAGAUGGUACCCAGAUACUUUGUCUAGUUGCUGAUGCUCAUCAGCCAGGUUGCGCAAUUAGCGAUCCGCCACUGGCCCAGGCUACACCAGAAUCAUCAUUUAUUGCGACAAGUUUGCAAGUCCCAUCCUUCACUUUGUCGUUGGUUUACCGGAAAAAAAAGUUCAGCUUCGUGGGGGUGAAGAUGUAGAGUUCUCACUAAAGAGCUGAAAGCUGGUAUAUCUGGGAUUGCGGCAGCGUGAAAUUUGAGAGUAUGUUUGUUGUAUAGUGGAUCGUGGGUGGUGUACAGCAGGACAUGAAUUUUGAGUAGGUAUUUCGGGGGGUUUUGUUUAUUUUGUCGUCGUUGUUGUUUGAAGGAUUUAGAGAAGGGCUGUGGAGAGAAGUAGAAGUUUGACGUGGGUCGAGGGAGCGAUGGCGCUCUCUUUGCCUCGGUGUGCUCCCCCUCACCCCCCACACCAGCUUGCCAGCAUCCGGCAACAAAGGCUGUCCACGCACCGGUUGCGAAGAGCAGCUCGUGCCAAGCACGGUUCAACAGAGAGCAGUUCAACGGUGCAAGUGGCUUCAACUGAUCAUAUCAAAUUCCCGAGUACGGAGCCAUGUUGUCAAAUUGCUUCGUUAGUCAUGGUACCAAGGAUGCCUGCGCGGCGGCCAUCUCGGCUGCGAGUCAAGAAGGGUAGGGAAGACAAGAUAGACUCGACAGACAUGGAGGCAGCGGAGUGGGUGAGUAGGACUCUACCCAACAAUGGAGUGGUAGAAGUUGAUCCGCUGACAAUAUCAGAGCAGAUUAGGCUCGCUGAUAGAACCGGGUCCACGAGCGCUCAAAAUCUUGUGGCAGAACCCACUACUACCUCUUCAGAGAUCUCUGGAUAUUAUACUCCCACUGGUGGAUUUCUUAGGGUGCCUUUCGGAGUUCCCCUAGCUGCAGGUUCUGCUAUUGUUUUGGCUGCUAUGGCGGUUUUGGUUCAUUCUUUAAGCAGACAAAAUUCUGGAGCCGGUGCCACCUCGAACCAGUCUGAGUUGGAAGGCAAGCUCUCGAGUGGCAGCUUUGCCGGUGAAUCCAUUAAACCUUUUACUGGACAUCCCGCUACUGACGAUCAAUCCAGAGGUUCUCGUGCUCUCAAGGCACCACAUUCUCUGACGGAAGAUAUGAAACUACCAGCGGAGGUGUUGGCAAACACAGCAGGAUUGUCAGCUGGAGCGGCAAUUGUAACAACCUUCGACCUGCAACCCGGAUCGGUAAGGAGAAAGCUUAAUCACUCCUCAAUGCCUUUGCCCCCGAGCCUUUCGAAUGCGGGGCCAAAACAUGAUACGGAGCGCCGUAGUGAACAAUCUCAGGCCUCAGUCUGGGCAGCUGCUACUCCUUUCUUUCCUCCAACCAACUCUCAAGUCCCUUCUUCAACUCCGAAUCCUGUCUCGAGUUGGCCAGAAGCAAAAUACAAGUCAGUUAUCCCGUUUUUUCCUUCAGAUCGGGUAGCAACAACAUCCAGACACCAGAAUAGAUCUUCACUGGAGAGCGUCGCUCCUUUCUUUCCUGAUGAGGACGGCAAUAAACGGAGAAAUAGAAGUUCUUCGACAAAUGCUACCCCUUUUGAUCCGAAGGAGCAGAGCAAUGAGAGUCAUGACCGCGGUUUGUUGGAAAAUAUUACUCCAUUCUUUGCCGACGAGCAGCACAGCAAUCGCGAGAGUAUACCUGCCAUGGAGGCUGUUACUCCGUUCUUCCCAGAUGAGCGGGUUGAUGAACAUCGGAAUAAUUCUAUGUUGGAAACUGUCACUCCUUUCUUUGCCUAUGAACAUGGCGGAGCUUCAGCAGGCUCACCACAUUCAAAGACCAGUUUCAAGUAUGAAAAUGUAACACCAUUUUUCCCGGACGAUAGAGUUGAAAGAUCAAGCAAUAUCGAGCAGCCGUCUAGCAGGCCUCAUUACAGUGGGUCAAAAACUUCACAAUUCAAGGAAGGAUUUGGCAGCUGGGAUGGAGAAAGCAAUGGGGAAUCGAGAGAUUCUUUGGCUGAGGCUAUGUCGCCUGACUCAGUUUCAAAUGGUGGUUCUAUUUCGUCUGAGGGUAAACAAGUAUUGGCUGAAAUGGCGAACAGGGUAUGGGCUGACGACAGACACAGAGAAUUCAUCGAAGGCACAAUGAAGAGGUCAGCCUCAGAGAGGAGCGACGAUGUUGUGUCACUGGAAGGAGAAGAAGCCCUUUCCUUGGAACAGGGGUUCGUUCCAGAAGUCAAGGUGGAAAUUAAGUUGUCACCUGAGGAGCUCGCAAUUUUAGAGGAGAGGAAGGCUGAAGAAGAGAGGGAGAAUGCAAAGUAUCGAGCACUGCAGGCUGCCAUCCCAGCUGUUGCCAUCGGAGCGGGUGCUUUAGGUUCUCUUGCUGGAGUGGAUGGAGCGUUUCAAAUGGUGGGUCUCACCGCGACUGCCAGCUUCAUCUCAUAUGAUUUAAUAUGGGCAAACAAAAGGAAAGUGCUUCUGGAGGAGCUGUCUAGGAUCACCGACCACAAAGGAUUCCUGAGAUGGCUUCAAAAGCGGAAGAUUGUGAAGACCAAUUGCUGAAACACUGACCAUGCCAAGAGAAAGCGUUUCCCUGCAACACCUUUUACGAAACAGGAAUUUUUGGAUUACGUAUCAAAAAAUGUGGCUGAUUACUAAACCUUGGUUUGAAAUGAUGCAUCUGGUUUUAGUUUGCAGAAAGAGUGUAUAUUACAGAGGUCAACCAUGCAACCACAGAGGUGUAAUAGAGAGUAUUGAUUUUGUUUUGCGCUGAGAAUUUCUGAAAGCUGGGAAGUGUGCUACAGUAAAUGUGAAACUUGAGUCGAGACCCAGUUGGAGUGUAGUCCCAACUUGGGUGGAAUUUCUGAGGCAACGGCCAUGUAUUAUACUGUGUGAUUUACGAUCUGGUACGAAUAUAAUGGAUUGUGGAAUUCAAAGCAUAAACGUUUUGGUGCA